AUGGGAAUAGAACACGCCAACAACCCAUCGCUCGAGCGGCAUUCGCAAGCAGCAGCGGUAUCAGAUGCAUCAACGACUUUUGAUGAGAAACCUAGUCACCAGGCGUCUUUGGAUUCACUGCACAGCGCGAACACCUCUGUGGCGAAUCAGGAUCAAGAGAAGAGUCAGCACGUGACUGAAGCUACGGAUGAAGAACGCGCUGCAGGUUCAGGGACGACGCUGGAGCCUGUUCGAUCGGCGCAUCCCAGUGUGAAGGAUGUCUCCAAGAUCCCAAAUGGAGGCUUGUGGGCGUGGUUACAGGUACUUGGUGGAUUCUUCCUGUUAUUCAAUUCUUGGGGCAUUAUCAACACAUUCGGAUCGUACCAAGCCUACUAUGAGACCAACCUACUUGCCGACUCAAGCCCUUCGUCUAUAUCAUGGAUCGGUUCCAUCCAGGCUUUCCUCCUUCUCUUAGUCGGCGCACUGACUGGCCCAAUCUAUGACGCAGGAUAUUUUCGCGAACUACUCAUCGUGGGAAGUGUCAUGUUGGUUCUGGGCCAAAUGAUGCUCAGCCUUUGUCAUACGUACUGGCAAGUACUCCUCGCGCAGGCCUUCUGCAUAGGUAUCGGGACAGGCUGUCUGUUCAUUCCCAGUGUGGCCAUCCUCUCUACGUAUUUCUCCACCAAGAUCGGAACAGCUAUUGGACUCGCCGCAUCUGGAUCGUCGUUUGGAGGUGUCAUCUAUCCCAUCGUGUUCCAUAAGCUUCUUCCCCAGAUUGGAUUCGCAUGGACGACGAGGGUUUUGGGUUUCAUUAUCCUUGCCACCAUGAUCAUACCGAAUGUAUGCAUGCGCGUCCGCGUCCUACCAGCGAAAUCGCGUUCGCUUCUCGAUCUUCGCGCCUUCUUGAUCCCAGCGUAUAGUCUUCAAGUUGCUGGGUUCUUUCUUGGGUUUAUGGGACUGUAUAUGCCAUUCUUCUACGCACAAGUCUACGCCAUCCAGGAACAUAUUACGAACGAGAGUCUGGCCUUUUACCUUCUCGCUGUUAUGAACAGCACGAGUGUUUUUGGUCGAAUAGUACCCAACUUGCUGUAUGUGUCUCGUAGGAAUCAGGUUCAGGCCAUGGUCAAUGUAGCCGGUCGUUCGAAAGGAUGCUCAACCUGCCGCAGACGCCGUGUCAAGUGCGACGAGACUCACCCUAUCUGUCAAAGAUGCGAAAAGGCUGGAUUCCAAUGCGACGGACCGCAAACCACUGUUUUCAUACAAGGCAAGAUUGUCAAAUCUAGAAGAUCCCAAAAGCCAAAGGAUAGUUUGGCUAGUCUGGAUGCGACAACAACUUGGAGAAGGCAAGAUGUGGAAAAGUCGGCAUCUCUAUCUCCUGACAACCAGAUUGCCAUUCCUCAAGUGAGGUUCAGAUUCAACGAGAAUGAGGUCUACAUUUGCUAUCUGCGCCGCCACCUUCUUCCCAAUGGCCCCAUCGAUUUAGGGCUUCAGGAGCUCCAAGCCUCAGAUAUCGAUACCAAGGAUUCGUCGAUAGCGAUAGAGGGUGCUCCGUUGUUCAUUCAGGCUGCGCUCAGCUUCGCAACCCUACUCUUUGGUUCGCGCUACCAGCAGAGUGGAAUUCUCACCCAGGGUUACAUCAUACAUGGUGUAGCUCUCAAGCGACUGAAUGAAGCUCUGGGUGAACCUCAGCGUCGUAUGUGCGACGAUAUCAUCGUUUCCGUCAUCAUUUUGGCGAUAGUUGAACUUCUCAUGCCCACCGGCCCGAAGAACUGGCUCAAACACAUGCUUGGCCUUGAACAGCUUCUGGCAUUACGUGACCCAGGAUCUCUGGUGUACGCGUCAUUUAGAACGUUGGAACUAUACAAAGGCGUGCGACACAUGAUAUUAAUUGCAUCGCUGAGGAACAGAUCACCUUCCAUCUUUGCGCGACCAGAGUGGAAAUCCGUAUUGAGGACAGCGCUUUCGUUAGAAACUCCGGAAGAACAAGACUUACAUGACGUGCUUGCAGAUUGCUCGGUGUUAAUGGCUGUCAGCGACGAGACCUUCAAAGCUCAGCAUGUAUCUGGCUCAGAAUUCCCGCGACGACGACAAAAGAUCCAGUACAGAGCCGAGGAGUUACUAAUAUUCCUCAAGGCUUGGAAAGUUCAGUGGGAUGGUAAUGAGGAGAACAUCUAUAUUGAAGAAUGUGUCGAGGCCAUUACAGCUAGGACACCGCCACGAACUAUCUACAGGUUCAUCAACGACUCAGCCGCGCGGAUGCUGAUGCUGUAUAAUACGGCUCUGCUCUACGUACUUAGGAUUAUGGCGACUUUAGAAACUACACAGCACAGUCCUCACCAUGAUCCAGACAGCCUCUUACAAGGACACGCAGAUACAAGCGUUCUGAAGGAGAGCUCUUAUUAUCCCUCUAUCCAGGCUGCAGGGUUGGAUAUUGCCCGUUGCAUUUCGGAUUACCUACAGCAUAAACGUGCGCGUGGGGAAACGGACCUUGCUUCCCCUGUCGUUCAGUGGGCUGUGAUCAUUGCUGGGACGGCAUUGGGGUCUGAGGACUUGAACUGGAUGGUGGGGCUCUUGAAGGGAGAUGUCACGCUUGACGUUGCGAAGAGGGCAUGGGAGAUGUGA